CGCGAUUCGGGGUCCUCCUCUUCCUCUCCAAAAAUUAAUAAACCCCUAAAGCACAACCCAGCCGCCGCCGGAGAGGAGAAGCGACGAGAUGAAGUACAACCCGAGAGUGUCGAGCUCCCGGCGGAAGUGCCGGAAGGCGCACUUCACGGCGCCGUCGAGCGUCCGGCGAGUGCUGAUGAGCGCGCCCCUCUCGUCGGACCUCCGCAACAAGUACAACGUCCGGUCGGUCCCCGUCCGCAAGGACGACGAGGUCCAGGUCGUGCGCGGCACCUACAAGGGCCGGGAGGGCAAGGUCGUGCAGGUCUACCGCAAGAAGUGGGUCAUCCACGUCGAGCGCAUCACCCGCGAGAAGGUGAACGGAUCCACUGUCAACGUUGGCAUCAACCCCUCCAAGGUCGUCGUCACAAAGCUCAAGCUCGACAAGGACCGCAAGGCCCUCCUCGACCGCAAGGCCCGCGGCCGCGCCGCCGACAAGGCCAAGGGCAAAUUCUCCGCCGACGAGGUCGCCGCCGCCGCUGCCCCCUCCCUCCAAGGGGUCGACUGAUCAUUCGGUUCGUCACAGUGGAAAACUAUAGUUACCAGAGGACCUUGAUCAGUCGACACCAAAUAAUUGGGACAAGUAGGACGGGCUUCAAUUACAUGUCAAAUGAUCCUUAUGGUGUACAUGUUCCUUUUGUAUAUGUUAUAGUGGACAAGUAUGCUUAGGAGAACCUACAAGGGUAGUGCAGCAAAGGGGGUGGGCUCUUAAUGAUUACCUGAAUCUGUACUUGUUGAAUAUUGAUCAAUAUUUUAAUAAUGAGUUACUUUUUGUUCUGCAACUUUUGAUCACCUCUGAAUAUACAUGUUGCUUAUAUU